AUCAUCAGAACGGUGCGAGACUUGAAGCGAAACGCUUGCUUCGAUCGUUUUUUGUUCGCGUGUCGCGGGUUGAACUGGUGGAAUAUUUUCAGGUUUAUGGGACUAGUGCUGUAGAGUGAAUAGAGAAGAUAAAAUAUCGCCUAGACCAGAAAUUAGUCUGUGCGUGAUAAUCGAUUUCGUGACUGGUGUUUCGUGCUCGGUGGUGUGAAUUCAUUACUGUGUAUCGGUUGCAACCGAAUGGUGUGCAUUGUGCUGUGAAAAAUCAAUUUCCUUCGUUCUGGGGAAACGGUUCACGUUUUCGCCUCUUUUUCUUUUGUUGGAUUGGAUCCCGUCCAUUCGGAAUGUCGACUUGAUUCUGGAACAAGUUACGUCGUCUUGUUGGUGUGUGAGUUUGUGUCGGAAGAAACGAAACAAAAAGAAGGGUUCACCCGAAAAAGUGCGGUGGCCUUCGAUUUUUGUCUCCCUUUGGUUGUGGGGAUAAAUACCUGUUCAAGGUCUCGUGCGACUAGGAAGGACCAGGCCAUUUUUGGUUGAUUUGAAAGAUUGAAAUACGGAUCGGACUUUGCUGCGACAGCUAAUCCCCGGCUAAAGAAGAACAAUAACAGUCGUCACUAGGCCAUAACCUUCUUCAGACUUCUAGCCCUCAACGCCUCCAGAGGGGAAGCUACGAUGAGUGAGUGUGCAAAAUUCUGCCAUGUUGGUGGUGGACACCUUCAUGGGCAAUAACCGCAGCUGGCAAGGCAGAUUCGUUGGCGAUGAAAUUCGAUCCUGGCCGGCGACGUUGCUCUAGAUUGUCGUCGUCCCACCAUCGACAUCGUCAGUAGAGAAAUAACAGUGUGGUGGUCACACACCUCAGUGAAAUCAUACAGAAGGGCCCUUAUUCCAUCAUUAGGUGGUUGGAGUUGUCGAAGGAAAAAAAAGUGCACACGUUUCUGCAAGUGUGACACAAUAAAUGCUAUUCGAGCUUCUCCAGCGCAAAAGUGAAGAAGAGGCGACAAUUGCCGUUUGCUGGAAAAUAAAAUUCAAACCCGGAGGAGACAGCCCGGUGUCAGUUUAGUUAUAAUUUUGCACAAUUUUGUCCGGGCGGCCUUUGCUAGGCCUGUUCCGAUUGAGGUGCUCAAGGAAAUCAAUUCAAGCACCUCUUGAAUCGUCAUCUAAAGUUAUUAAGUAUUGUUUUGCUUUGAAUUCCUAGCCUGUUGUUAGUGUGAUAUUUCGAUGGAAAAGGAAUCAAAUUUCUGUAAGAGUGAUUGUGAAAUUGUAUUUAAGUAAGCAAAAAUCUAAUCAAGUGUUUCAAGUGAAAAUUGUUGGAGAAUCGUGUUUCAAAAAUUCCUGCCAAAAGAAGAAAAAUGGAAUCAAAAUAUCCACCUGGUGGAUCUUCCUCGUCGUCCAGGGGGGAUGCCAGGCCAGGCAGUAGUGGAAUAUUUCGGCGGGUCUCUAUAAACGCAACGGACGAUGAGGGAGACCAUCAGUCCCCGGCUCAUCAACGGGGAUCAUCCGGCACAUCCGGCGGCAGCACAACCUCGCUGUCCCGGCUUAAGGAUAAAGGAAAAAAGCUAGCCUCGGCACAGGUCCAAAGGGAGUUGGCCGUGCUAGGCGAAUCGGAAAGUUUGAACCUGCUGCUGGACGAAUAUCUAAACCCGAUGCUAAGGAUUACCUGUACUACGAGCAUCGAGUGGUGCAAGUGGCUGAUUGCCGGCGGUCGCUCCCCGGCCGAAUUCGCCUCUAUUGUGCGCAGCUAUGACAAUCAUGCCAAAUGCGGUCUGGUGUGGGUUCCUCAUGUGGUGGCCUAUCGGUGCCGGACCUGUGGAAUUUCACCGUGCAUGUCGAUCUGCCGGGAUUGCUUCAAGCGGGGCAACCAUACGGGUCACGAUUUCAAUAUGUUCCUAUCGUUGGCCGGCGGGGCUUGCGAUUGCGGCGAUACCUCGGUCAUGAAGGCGGAAGGUUUCUGCAGCGAUCACGGGAUCAACAACUGCCAGAACAAAUCGCAAGUGCCAAACGAUCUGAUGAUCGUGGCCGAAGCCAUGAUGCCCCGGCUCCUGCUCCGGUUGCUCUUACGCUUCCGCAAUCACAACUCUCGGAACCACAACUCGACAAUGCGGCUGCAUACGGCCAAAAACUGUGAUGACUACUGUAGUAUGCUGAUGGAGUUCAACAAUAUGGGCGAGCUAAUGCGCCGCGUUAUGACCAAAGUGCUGAUCGACGAGGACACCUAUCGGCGACUGACCGAACCACCAUUUCCCAGCAACGAAUAUGGUCUGUGUCUAGAGCAAAGUCGGAAGAACUAUGAGGAAGCGGUACGAAUGUUCCCCUCGCCGGAACCACCCGACGAAUAUAAACACCUGCCGGCGCUAGGGGAAACCAUCGUUCAUAAAACGCUCCUAGAGGAGUUUAUUUUCUGGACGUUUAUGUACGAGUUCCCUCAGAACAUAGUCUGCUUCCUGCUCAACAUGCUGCCCGAUCAAGACUAUAAGGAACACCUAACCCGCACCUUUGUGAUGCACUACUGCCGGAUACCGAGCGUGUUGGAGAUGUCCAGCGAUCCGGACACACUGAGCAACCGGGUCGUACACAUGAGCGUCCAGCUGUUCUCGAACGAAAGCCUCGCCCUCAAGAUGGUGGAAGAACUGAGCCUACUGCACGUGAUGAUCAUCAGCCUAAAGCAGAUGAUGUCCAAAAUUCUUACACCGAAUACCUUGCAUGAUCCGGACAAAAACUUCCAUUACGUAAUCGACUGUGCCAAGCGAGUGAUGAAAGACCACUGCUACUGGCCACUGGCGUCCGAUUUUAACAAUGUGCUGUCCCACGAAUCGGUGGCACUAGUGUUUCUCAAAGACGACAACCUGAUCGACAUGUGGUUUCAGUUCCUGUCGAUGUUGCAAGGCAUGAAUGUCAACAUCCGCGAAACGGGAAGUCACGUGGAGUUCGAACCGAGUUCCUACUAUGCGGCGUUCAGCUGCGAGCUGGAGGCCAGUGCCUAUCCGAUGUGGUCGAUAAUUUCCCACUUGAAAGAUCCAACGCACGCACCGCUCGCCAAAAAGAUCAUGAUGUUCUGCGUCAACUAUCUGCAGGAUUGGUUAGAUGCGGUCAACUUUUACCACCAUCCGAAGUUCGAUAAGGACGAGCUGUACCGGGCUUCGUUUCACUUCCCGCUGCACCGCUAUCUGGCGGCGUUCAUCUGCCAGGGCGUCAAGAAGAUGGGCAUGUCGCUGAGCGAGAUUCUCCCGUCGCCGGACCUGUUGCCGAUGCUGAUGAUGCACCCGUUGCGGGUUCAGGUAAGUGGAUGCUUCUUUUUUCUUAAUACUAUCGAGAGGCAACGUCCUCGAUGUUGCGACAAAGGUGGUGUUAUCGAUCUGUCCCCGCGGAAGCAACUUGCCCUGUUGCACAAUCAGAUGGAUGAUUCGAUUCUUCUUCACAAACCUCAAACCGAUUUCAACGAGCAACACUCACUUAUUGUUGGCCACGUCCGAAACCGACUCCCGCAUGUUGAUGUAACGAUCGGACUUGGGGCCGGAGUCGUCGCACAGGCAGAAGCAGUAGCUGCAAUGCCAGAACAGCCACCGCCACCAGGAAUCGACCUUGGUGGAGCCGCGGCCCUGCAGCAGCCGGGUCAGCUGGACGAAGGUUUCGCCCUCCUUCUGCUGGGCCCGUUCCGGAUCACAGCGCCAGUACUCGCGGCUAGCCUGCUGCAUAACCCUCUGAAGCAGCAUCUGAGUCCGAAGCAUCCAGGAGAACUGCAUCAUCGAGUAGCCCUUCAGCUCGGUGAUCGAGAUCGCAUUGUACAAUUGGUACAGCACCUGCUGGGCGGACAUUCCGAAGCUGCAGAUCGUCGAUUUGGCUUCCUGUUGUUGUUGUCGAUGUCGUCGUUCAAGGUCGAUCAUGGAAAAGAGAUAGAAACAUGUCGAUUAGAAAUGCACGCGAAUGCGAUCAACAACGAGAGCAACGAGUUACAGCCCCUGGCGGAUCAUGAUCGUGUCGAUCUGCUCCAGGGUGGCAUUCACCGGAAACCGAGGAUCACUGAGCACCGUAUCGGUGAUGUCGACGCUGGCCAGCUCAAAGUCCGGAUCGUCCACCGAGACCGAGCGUUUGUUCUUCAUGAACUCACGCAUCGCGUCGAACAGCUUGUGCACAUUGAUCAGGUCCUGCUCCAGCAGCUGCCACUCGUAAAACCGUUUCAGGAUGAAGUAAUCGUCCUCAUCAUAAGUGUUGUCCGGUCCCAGAUCAUCGCUGGCGAACCCAGUAUAGAUAUCCAUAAUCUCCUUCAGGAUAAUACUCCGCUGCAAAUUCCUAUCAUCCUCCUUCUGAUUUUCAACCUUAUCGAUCUGAUUGACGAUCGUCCAGGCUCGGUUUUCCAGUUCGAAGUACCGAUGCCUCAGUGUUCCCUCAAAAAAGAUACCAAGAAAAGCUUUAAACUUAUGAAUCUUAUCAAAGAGAACAAACGUCCACCAACGACGACCAAAUUCUACGAAGCAAUGGGUCGAGCCAUGGAGAACAUGACCAGCUGCACCCAGCGCAACAUCAAGAAUCACCCGGUUAUCCUGCAAAGUCUGUUCUCGUUCGUGAUCUCAAUCGCCCGGAUCAACCUGGAAUCGGAAGUGAUUCAACGGGGUGGCACUCUCUGUACCCAGAGAGAUCUGCGCUACAAACCCAAACGGGACUGCAUCGUUCCGCUGCUGCACGUACUCUCGCUCCACGUGCGGCUGAUGAUUCACGACGAUUCUCCGAUUCGGUUCAAGUUUGGCGACGAAUGGCCGGCCUGGCGCUCGUGGGCCACCCUCGCCGGUAUCCAGUUAGCUUCCAAUCAAGCUGGUGGUGGUCAGGAUGGUUUGGGAAUGUCCUCGACGAUAGCAACUACAGCGACGGCCAUGAUCGGUGCAGCUUUGGGUCUGUCGUCUUCGGAUCUGUGGGAAGAUGGAAGUAAUGCGUCUUCUACGGCAGCUGUGGGGCCAACUUCGGGCGCCGCCGGUACCGAAACGAUACCCGCUCUUCUUAACGAUCCUUGUGCGCUGAUGUUGAAGUUCAUCCUAUUGGCUCCGUUACAGCUGGAUCAAGUUUACUUCACUUGCAUCGUCAAGGUCAUGUACAACCUGUUGUACUAUCAGAUCGUGCUGCAACUGUGUACGCAACUAUCGGACGAGGAAUGCGAUCAAAUCGUGGAAAAGUACUACGCCCAGAAGGAACGGGGUAGUGUAACGAAUCUCGGUGUGGCCAUGCUGUUCGUGCUACAGAAUCUGGACGGUGGUCGGAAUCUGCGGUCGGAUAGUGUUCUUAUGACCAAUGGUGGUGGAGGAAGUACAGAAUCAGGAUCCCCGGCCAACAAACCCCUGGACAUGGUUGCGCUCGAGAAACAACUGCAAACCCUAUGUCUACCGUUCCUGAGGGUGGCCGCCUUGUUGCGGCACCACAUCUACCAUUCGGAGAUACCGGACAUUCCGGGGCCGCAGUGGGAAUUUAGCCGACUGAUCUACUAUCUCGAGCUAGUAACGGUCAGUAUGGAUUUGGACAAAUUCAACGGUAGCCGGGCGCUGUGCUUCCUUCCCGGGACAGAGCUGGCUCUGCCCAAGUUUUGGUGCGAUCAGCUGCGCGAUAUUCGACCCAGCUACGAAUCGGCUCGGUCGCUCAUUGUAAAUCAGCACAUCCAAUGGCAGCAGCCGCGGCUGCUGAGAUUACCCCGGGAGUACGAGCGACUGUUCACGUACUACCACGAGCAGCCCUGUCUCAAGUGUUUGAACGUCCCGAAGGAAAGCUCGAUCUGUCUGCUGUGCGGAACCAUUGUCUGUUUGAAGCAGUUGUGCUGCAAGGAUCAGGAGUGUUGCGAAGCUGUUAGGCACUCGAUCAGUUGCGGUGGGGGAACGGGAAUAUUCCUGGUGGUAACUUCCACGUAUAUCAUCGUCAUUCGAGGAAGGAGGGCCUGUUUGUGGGGAUCGCUCUAUCUUGACGACUAUGACGAAGAAGAUCGAGAUUUGAAACGCGGCAAACCGCUGUAUCUCAGCGAGGAUCGCUUCAACCUGCUCGAGUCACAGUGGUUGUCGCACCGCUUUGCGCACACCAAACACACCUGGGUUUGGCACCGGGAUUCGCUCUAAAUUGCCGAAUUGACGAGUCUGGGAAUUAUUGUUGAUAGACGACUGUACGAUCUUCCCGCAGAAAAAAAAGGUGUAGAAGAAAUUUUCUUUCCUACAAUAGAGUGGAAAAAGGAUGAGGAUGAUGAUGAUGGGAGCUUUUGUUGUCGUACUAGUGAGAAACUGAAAUUAAAGCUUGAAAAAAAAAAAAACGUUAAGACGUAUGCUUAAGUGGACGUGCUGCGCGUGUGUAUCUAGAGGGUAAGCGUGAAAAAGGAAGAAAUGUUUCUGGGGGUGUGAAUGAACGUAAAAAAAUAAGACUGUUGUUGAUCAUUUUCCAAAUUGAUAAGAGUGUUCUCAAAUGUUGGGGAAAAAUGAGUCAGAGACGUUAUUUCCAGAUUUUUUUCUAGUUUCGAAAACAUAAAAUGCAAACAGCGAGCGAUAAACUCUUGAUGAUUAAACCAUUUCUUGCUUGUGAUAUUACUCUCUGUUGUUAUUAUUAUUAACACAACCGCUAGAAAGCGAAAAUCCUCUGAAGCAUACUACUAUAGCUCUACCGAGAAAAAAGCUACACUUUGUAACUAACUUGUCAACCUCGAAAGUAAGAAAUUUGUGUAUCAAGAAGAAUCGUUGUUUCCUGAAAGAUUAACGAACUUGAGAGUGAGUCACUUUUCUCUUGAUUUAUAGUAGCUACUAGACUCAACAUUAUCAAUAAUAUAUUGUAAGUAUUCUCAAACGAAAGAAUAUAGAUACAUUUUUUUGUUUUUGUUCAAACCCGAUGUAAAAUAUGUGAAUUUGUUCUUGUUUAUCUCUUUAUUGUUUCUUAUUUUUAUGCGCCUUAAAUCUUCCGAUAUAGGAUCGAAUAAUUUGCUCAAACCAAACACCAACAAUAUAAUCGAUGAAAUACACCCAAUUCAAAUCUUCAAACAAGUAUGAAUUUGAACGCAAGUAAUCAUAUAUAAAAACAUAAACAAAAAAUCUCUGUGAAAGAUUAAAAUAACUUAAUAUAAAUUCAUAACUAGCUUAGCUUGAAGUAACAAAAUUAAUAUUAAAAACAAAAAAUAAAACAAAACUAAAGGUGAUCCGAGGUAAAGAAAAACUAAUGCAGUAAUAGAAGAGUGUAUUAUAACUAAAAUAGAUAUAAACAAACAGUAGCGUGCGGUGAACCUCGGGAACGACUUAUAAAAAGAAAGAACGCUGAUUAGGAUCUAACAAAUUGAGGCGGUCACCGAUUGAUUUACGAUCAAAAGAUGGAAGAAAGCCUUUUGAAGAUUGAACGGGUAAAAGAAGGAUUGUUUGGGGAAAAAUUUUAAUUCGGCGAAAUGAUGCAUAAAAAUAAAACUUGGAACAAUAAGUCGUCGUCAUGCGAACAAGUGAUAAAUGAUGAUUAGUUGAGUGAGUAGACCGAUAAGAGCCAGCUAAUUUGAACAUUUUCUGUAGAAAGCAAUAAAUUUAACUCUCAAAUAUA